AUGCCGAAGAACAGCAAAGUGACCCAGCGGGAGCACAGCAAUGAGCCAGUCACUGAGUCAGUGGCUGACCUGCUGGCCCUGGAGCAGCCCAUGGACUAUAAGAGCAGUCAGAUGAGCAUGGGCCUCAGUCCUGGGGCCAUUGCUUCAGGGAAAGGCCUGCUACCUUCUCCUGACCCAGAUGCAGAGGAUGGCCGGCCAGCGUGGAACAACAAACUUGAGUACAUCCUGGCCCAGGUGGGCUUCUCUGUGGGCCUGGGCAACGUCUGGAGGUUUCCCUACCUGUGUCAGAAGAAUGGUGGAGGUGCAUACUUGGUGCCCUACUUCAUUCUCCUCAUUCUUAUCGGCAUCCCUUUGUUCUUCCUGGAGCUGGCAGUGGGUCAGAGGAUCAGGCGAGGCAGCAUUGGGGUGUGGAACUAUGUUUACCCACGGUUAGGAGGCAUCGGGGUUUCCAGUCUGAUGGUGUGUGGUUUCGUGGGCCUCUAUUAUAACGUGAUUAUCGGCUGGAGUAUCUUCUAUUUUUUCCAGUCCUUCCAGUACCCACUGCCUUGGGCUGAAUGCCCCAUCCGGAAAAAUGGAACCCAAGCCAUUGUGGAGCCGGAGUGUGAAAAGAGCUCGGCCACCACCUACUUCUGGUAUCGCCAGACUCUCAACAUCACCAGUAGCAUCGAUGACACCGGCGGGUUAAACUGGAGGAUGACACUGUCCCUGCUGGGGGCCUGGAUCAUUGUCUGCCUUGCUGUCAUCAAGGGCAUCCAAUCCUCUGGGAAGGUGAUGUACUUUAGUUCUCUCUUCCCAUAUGUGGUGCUCCUCUGUUUCCUGGUGAGAGGCCUGCUGCUGAGGGGGGCAGUGGACGGCAUUGCUCACAUGUUCACCCCAAAACUGGAGAAGAUGUUGGAGCCCCAGGUGUGGAGGGAGGCAGCCACUCAGGUCUUCUUCGCCCUGGGCCUUGGUUUUGGAGGCGUCAUUGCUUUCUCCAGCUACAAUAAGCGAGACAACAACUGUCACUUUGAUGCGGCACUGGUUUCUGUCAUCAACUUUGUCACCUCCAUCCUGGCCACACUGGUGGUGUUUGCUGUGCUGGGCUUCAAGGCAAACAUCAUGAAUGAGAAGUGUGUUGUUGAGAAUGCGGAGAAGAUCCUGGGCUUCCUGAACACCGGCGUGUUGAGCAGGGAGCUCAUUCCUUCUCACAUCAACUUCUCCCGCCUGUCCUCCCAGGACUACGCCGAGAUGUACGGCGUGAUCAAGACAGUGAAGGAGGACAGCUUCACCCAGUUGGGCCUGGAUGCUUGCGUCCUGGAGGAUGAGCUCAACAAGGCGGUGCAGGGCACAGGCUUGGCCUUCAUCGCCUUUACAGAGGCCAUGACCCAUUUCCCUGCCAGCCCCUUCUGGUCGGUCAUGUUCUUCUUCAUGUUGAUCAAUCUGGGCCUGGGCAGCAUGAUUGGCACCAUGACCGGGAUCACCACACCCAUACUGGACGCCUUCAAGAUCCGCAAGGAGAUACUGUGUGUGGCAUGCUGCAUCAUAGCCUUCCUGUUAGGCCUGCUGUUUGUGCAGCGCUCGGGGAAUUACUUUGUCACCAUGUUCGAUGACUACUCUGCUGGUCUGCCUCUCACUGUGGUGGUGAUCUUGGAAAACAUCUCUGUAGCCUGGAUCUAUGGCACUAAGAGAUUUAUGCAGGACCUCGAGGACAUGCUGGGUUUCAGGCCCUACAGCUUCUAUUUCUACAUGUGGAAGUAUGUGUCCCCCGCCAUCCUGGUGGUGCUCAUCAUUGCCACUGUUAUUGAGAUGGCCAUCAGUCCGGCAGGCUACAACGCCUGGGUGGAGCAGGAGGGCUCUGAGCGCUUCCUGAGUUACCCUCCCUGGGCACUGGGCAUGGCCUAUGCCCUUAUCGUUGCGGCCAUGCUGCCUCUGCCCAUCGUCUUCCUCGUCCGCCACUUCAACCUGAUGUCAGACGGCUCCAACAAGCUGUCUGUCUCCUACCGUAAAGGCAUGAUGAAGGACAUAUCCAACCUCGAGGAGCAGGAUGAGCAACGCUUCAUCCUUGGCAAGAACCCCAGCGAGACGCCCUCCCCCAUGCCCCCUCACCGGGCUUACCUGGGCCCUGGGGGAACCCAGGAGAUGACCAACACCAACUACGGUACAAGCACCAAGACAGGCUACCAGAACAUCGGCUCGCCCGAGUCUGAGCUAUGA